UAGCAAAUUAGCCCGAAAUUUUUUAAAUAAAUUCUUCAUCAUUCACUUUUACCACCAGGUGGCAGCGUUUGCAAACAGCUGAUUGUCACUUUGACAUUUGCGAUAGCUUGUGUGUUUUUUUGGUCGUGCUUUGAUUGGGAAUUGUGUUGCUGGUGCAUGAAUUAAAAUAUGUCGAACGUAAUUGAUCCAAUAAAACUCCUUACGGAUAAAGGAGAACGGCAACCGUCGUACAUGAGCAAUAAAUUCAAUCCAGUCAUUUGUUCAAUUCUUGGCUUUGGCUGUGCAGUGUUCAUGAAUUUUGGCUUGAGAAAGCCGCCGUUCUCUGGUAUACAAAAUCAUGCAAUCUUCACACUCAUUGGGGGUGGCCUAGGUGUAUUCUUUGAUCAGAAAAGAGAAGAGUAUCUUGCUAAACGUGACGCCGUAUUGAGGCAUUACAUUGAACUUCAUCCAGAAGAUUUUCCAGUCAAGGAACGCAAGAAGUACGGUGAUAUUUUGGAGCCUUGGGUGCCCAUUCGUUAAGGAUCACACUAAGAUGUUGCUGUAUCAGUGAUAAAUGCAAUCACUACCAAAACUGCUUAGAAAAUUAAUUGUAUAAAACAAUAUAAGCUAAUAAUUAGAGUGCAAAAACGGAAAAUGAAUAAAAAUCGUUCGAUACCGUGGUUCGGUAAAGAAAGGUUUUCAGAGUA